AUGAAGUUGAAACCUUUCUUUCACCUCACAAAGUCGGAGGUACUGGACCAGGUGAAAAGAAUGGGCUUUGCUUCAGAUUACCACCCACAGCAGAAGGACUUCGAGAAAUAUCCAAUAGAGGAUAUUCUCGUGCUUUUCGACCCUUCCAAAGCGUACGGCGAAAAGCUGGUGUGGUGCACCACGGAGGAAGCCUACAAGCGUGAAAUGGCGAGACUAGAGGAACUCCGGCAGGGCGUGCUCGACGACUUCGAGAAGGAGAAUGCCCCUGGUGGGGAAGAGGCGGGGAUCGAGGAUGAGCCCGAGGAGAACAUCGUCAUCCGUGACCUUCCAAAGGACUGCAAAGAGUGGAAGUCUGAGACGGCAGAGGCUACCCACGAUGAGGUGGGUACUUUCACCGUUCACAACAGCCGUCCGCUCCUGGAGAUCAUGAUCACCAGGCCUCGCAGCCAAUUUGGGAAGUCGACGAAGUUCAGCGACUCGGGGGAAAACAAUCAGAACUGCAGACCGCAGAAGGACCACAAUUUUGCUCCUCCAAAGAAAGAGCUGGAGAUCGGAAUCCAGGCGGUGAAAGAGACAAGAACCUGCUCUUGCCAGACCACCUGGUUCCGGCCAGUCAACAAGUCCACUCAGUAUAUUCCGGGUGACUUCUUGCAGAAGGGAGCAGAUCUCGGCUACGACAAGGUGGAUGAGCUGUCCAUGUUCCUCUCUACAGUCAGUGUCGGAGUCGAGGAGGCCCUGCAGACCAACGAGACGGUCGACAUCUUCCAAGAAGAGUUUGCACACUUGGGAGAGGAAGAGGCCGGUGCGGUCACGAAGACCCACUCGAAGCUGAAGGAACAUCCGAACUUCCAUGAUGUGACCUACACAAAGGGGAAGCGCAUCGAGUGGGUCGAGUGGGUUCCUGGCUCUUCGGACAUGGUCGUGUCCUCGUGCUGUGAGAAUCUUGCCUUUGUCGACCGUCUGGAAAACUCGGGCAAGGCUUCGGUCAGCACCGUGUUGGUGUGGUCGUUUGCGGACUCUUUGAGUCCCCAUGCCAUCCUGGAGUCUCCCUGGGAGGUCACGGUCUUCAAGUUCUACCCCAGUGACCCGACCUUUCUCAUAGGUGGUCUGGGUAAUGGCCAAAUUGCAGUUUGGAAGCUGUCCACCACCGAUCUAGGUUUCGCGGCUGCGAAGUCGACGAACCAUGCGGCACGUGGGGGAAGUCUGGAGGAGGAGAAGAACUCCACCAUCCCGACGGUCACCCACCGCCAGAUGUCGAUGAUCGAUGAGUCACAUCGAAAAGCGGUUGUUGCCAUCGAAUUCAUGCCAGCGACGAUCGAGGUGGAGAGGCGUGGCAAAGGCGCCAGCGAGAAGAACCCACCAGAUGCUCCCAUCAAGUACUUUUUGACAGUGGCGGGGGACGGUCAGGUCAUGAUCUGGGACUUCCAGGCUAUGCUUGAUGCCAUCAAUGACAACGACUUCCUUUGGCGGCCAGUGCACCGCGUGCAGCUGCAGCGCCAGGACAGUGGUACUGAGAUGGGCCUCUGCCACAUUCUGCACUGUCAUGAUCGCUACGAUGACAAGGGCAACAAGCUGCUGACGAACUUCUACGCCAGCACGGAAGAGGGCGAGCUUAUCCUCGGGGAUUGGGCUGCGCGGGGCGAGGAGGAUAGAAAGGCAGAUGUCGUGAAAAAGAUGUACAGCACCUGCAAGACCUUCCGGCCCAUGCUGUCACUGGAGCGAUCACCCUUCUUUGAAGACAUCCUCCUAGGGGUGACAGACUGGGCGUUCUUCCUUUUCAAGGAUGGGCUUAGUGAGCACCUCUUCAUGUCUUCAUACACCUCGACCUACUACACAUGCGGUGUUUGGAGUCCUACGCGGCCCUCUGUUGUUUUCCUCGGCCUCGUUAGUGGCGGGAUUGACAUUUGGGACUUCAGCGAUCAGUCGCACAAGGCGUCACUCUCUGACACGGGGGCGUCUGUGGCGAUUUCGUCCAUGAUGUUCUGCUACCAUGGUGACAUCAAGGAAGGGCAGAAGCUGGCUGUCGGCGAUGCGCAGGGGCACCUCCACAUCCAGAACAUCCCAAAGAACUUGAUAAAGCCGGGUGGCAGGGAGAAAGAGAACAUGAGGCGUUUCCUCGAUAGAGAGGAGAAGCGCGUAAGAUACUUUCAGGAGCGACAGCAGGAGCUCAGAGACCUUAAAGACUUGAUGGAGAAGCAGGCCCAGAUGGCAGCUGAUGGUGCAGGAGAGAAGGAGAAGGAAAAGACGGAGGAUCACGACAAGGAAGAUGCAGCUGAGGCAGCAUAUCAGAGGCUUGAAGCAGAAGUCCGGGAGCAACUCGGGUCCUUGUGA